AUGCAUGAGCUCCAGUCCUUGGAGCGAAAAUAUAUUCAAUUACUAGAGGAAAAAAUCGCCCGUCUGGAGAAAACACUCGCGGCUGGGAAUGAGCCCAAGGACGAGAAGGCAGAUGCCUCGGAGACUGCAAAGAAACCUGACACAGAGGAUGGCACCGAGGCAGAGAAUUCUGGAGCAGACUCGAAGUCAAAGGCUGAAAAGCAAGAGAAAAUGGGUGAUGUCAUUGACGAGGGCUCGAGAAUCAAGCUUCUUGACUCUAAGUACAAUGAAGCGAAAGGCGUCUAUGAAGACGUGCCCUCGGAUCCCCUAGAGGCAAAAAAGACGCCCGAGGCCAGCCAGCCUCAUGCUUUCAUAUGGCGACGAACGUAUAGUGAGAAUCAAAGGUGCGAGGGGGCCACAGCAACAGUGACCUAUGCAGGCUUGGAGAGCUUGAUCAAGGUCACUUGUCGUCCAUCCUACUGGACAAACUAUACCGAGUUCUCGGGGACUUUUCAAACAAUCAUCUGGAACUGGGAUGCUUUGGAAGAGGCGGCAGCAAAAAGUGGCGAUGAGGCGACCGAGGAGGAAAAAACCGGGAGAAGUGACUUGCGGCUCUUCCUUGGACAGAUCAAAGCGGAUCCAAUGUUGCAGCCGUCCACGAAGCGUGUCGAGUGGGAGCGAAGCGGCGAGAUUGAGUUUGAGUGGCUCUGGACGCUCUUCCCUCAGGGUGGGAUGAUCUAUUCCCGGCUGUGCUUUGACGAACCCCAGGCUUUCAUUGCUCGAGAAUGUUGGACCGACAAGUACGGUCCCGAGGACGGGAGGAAAAAGGACAGGUUCCUUGUCAACUGCUGGUCCUAUGAUUGGGACGGCGAAAAGUUCAAACGCGUACCUGGCACACGGAAGAUCGAUGAGUACAAGAACGCAAAGCCCAUCAACACGCUGGCCUUUUACCCGGCCAAAUACCAGAUCGAGAAAACGGAGAUCGCUCAGACAGAACCUUACGGGAUAAGCUCAUUGAACGAGGCAAGAAAUUCAAGAAGAUUUGUUGCGCUCAGAAGGGUUCCCAGAUGUUCUACUGUGAGGGGUCAGUUUUGCUUCAUGCGAAGUACGGUGGUACUCUGUUGA